CACAUCACAAAACCUGUGCCUCAGUGACAGAGCGAAGGUGUCGGAGGAAAGAGGGAGCUAACAUGUACUUGAAAGGUUAAAACGUGGUGGAAGAAGAUGGUUGAAAUAAGCCGGCGAGUCUUUGUGGUGAUGGUGCAUUUCAUUACCAUCUCUGUGGCUCAUCAUCAGGAAAGCCUCCACAGGUCAGUGGAGGAUGCGCUGGGGCACAGCGGGGGUCGCCAUCGGCCGGGACACUGCAGCUUUGGUCAAACUACUUCCUGUUGUGUGGGAUGGAGGAAUGUUAAUGGCAUUUGUCAGCCGGUGUGCAAGAAGUCGUGCACACAUGGAAAAUGUGUGGGACCAGACAAGUGUUUGUGCUCCAGAGGGUACAAAGGCCCCCUGUGUGAUGAAGAUGUGAAUGAAUGUGGUUUGCUGGCGAGGCCAUGUUCCCAGCGCUGCAUGAACACGCACGGUAGCUUUCGCUGUUACUGUGAACCUGGAUUCACGCUUGGCGCAGAUGGAUACACCUGCACCAGAGAGGCCGCAUGUUCCUCUACGCGCUGCCAGUUUGGUUUCCAGAUGGAGAGAGGGGGAGAGCUGCGCUGUCUGUGUCCCCCCGGCCUCCACCUGGCCGCUGACAACAAGACCUGUGAAGAUGUGGAUGAGUGUCAGCGAGAGACUGACGUGUGUCCACCGCGGCGGAGAUGCAGGAACACGUUUGGCAGCUUCGCGUGUAUGUGCCAAGACGGUUUUGUGAUAGGGACGCUCAAGGGCUCAUUGCAAUGUCGAGAUAAGGACGAAUGUCUAACCGGGUCUCACCGGUGCAGCCGCCACGCUCAGUGUGUCAACACAGAUGGUUCCUACACCUGUCAGUGUUUGGGGGACUACUUCGGAAAUGGACGCACCUGCUGGCCCAGGAGAGCCCCGCAGUCCAAAGCUCUCAUGUACUUUAACUACAAACUCUCCAGGAGGACGAAGACAAGUCAACCUUCAUCUUAGAGCCACUGCUCGACCCUUCCAUGGCUCAAAUAAAAGGGACAUCAAACCCGAAAGAAUUGAAAACCAUUGACGCAACGUUGAGGAAUUUGUUAGUGAUGUCGAAAAUGCUUUGAGACAACUGGGGAUAUUUUGGCAUCCAACCCUGUUAUUCCUCUCCCGGUUCAGCAAGGCUAAGUUUUGUUGCCUGUUUGUUGUCUGUUGAAGAAACCCAUCAUUUAACAAAUGCACUGCAACAGGGUCGUACUCUGUACUUUGCUUGUGUGCCUCAACCCGAAUGCAAUGUGAUGACAGAGGGGUUUUUACACUGGCAUCACCUGUGUCACAGAAAAUCCAACCCUGUUAUUGCACGUGGGACAAACUUUGUAGCCUACAACAAGCUGCUGUGCAAAGGACACUACACGUGCAUCAUCAGUAAUUUAUUUAAUAUACCAGUAAGUGUGAGUUUUCUUCAGGGUAAAAACGCAGCGCAUUCGAAUUUGUUAAUAAAAGGCUGACCUCUGGUGGCUAGAAAAGGAACAAUGUCUUUAAACUUGGGAAUUUGGGUGAAACUAAAUGGUAUGAAAGGAUAUUAACUGUGAUUUGUAAAUGAAAAAUUGAAAUAAAAAAAGAUAUGGAUGAAA